AACCUGACGUGUUAUAACAACUCUGGUUGCAACCCGUAACCUGAUGUACCGCGGUAAAGGCAUGUUGACCAGCUGAGAAUGGAGUUGAACAGUGCUUUCUCCCUAAAAUUUUUUACUGUUGUAAAUUUAUUGUUGUUUAUAACGCCGGUGCUGGGUGGCCGAGAUUUCUACUCCAUAUUGGGUGUUCCAAGAUCUGCUACAUUAAAUCAAAUAAAGAAAGCUUAUAGGAAGUUAGCAAAAGAAUUACAUCCUGAUAAGAAUCCCGAUAAUCCCCAUGCACAAGAAAAAUUUCAAGAUCUAGGUGCUGCCUAUGAAGUUUUAUCGGAUGAAGAAAAAAGGAGAACUUAUGAUCAGUUUGGUGAAGAAGGAUUAAAAAAUGAUGCAUUUGGAGGAGGAAGUGAUCCAUUUGCUAGUUUCUUUGGCGAUUUUGGUUUUUUUACUGGUGGCAGCCGAACAGGAGCAAGAGAAAUUCCUCGAGGUGGUGAUGUGAUCAUGGACCUUUGGGUUACUUUAGAAGAACUGUAUUCUGGGAAUUUUGUUGAAGUUGUUCGUAACAAACCAGUUAUGCAGCCAGCUAAAGGUACCAGACAAUGUAAUUGUCGACAAGAAAUGGUUACUAGACAGUUAGGCCCUGGCAGAUUCCAAAUGACUCAGCAGACUGUAUGUGAUGAGUGUCCAAAUGUUAAAUAUGUUAAUCAGGAAAAAGUUUUAGAAAUUGAAAUUGAACCUGGUAUGAAAGAUGGUCAAGAGCAAAAGUUUGUUGCGGAAGGUGAACCUCACAUUGAUGGAGAACCUGGUGAUUUGAGGAUUCGAAUACAGACGUUACCUCAUCCUGUAUUCGAAAGGCGAGGAGAUGAUUUAUAUACCAAUCUAACAAUAUCUCUUACUGAUGCACUGUGUGGCUUCACAAUGGAGAUUACACAUCUUGAUGGUCAUAAGGUUGAAAUAACAAGAGACAAAAUUACAUUUCCUGGUGCCCGAAUUAGGAAAAAGAAUGAAGGAAUGCCUAAUUAUGAGAAUAACAACCUUAAGGGAACUCUGUAUGUCACUUUUGAUGUUGAUUUUCCCAAAGGUGAACUAACAGCUGAGCAUCGUGAAAAAAUAAAAGAAAUACUUAAUGAAGCAUCAAAGACAAAAGUUUAUAAUGGACUUAGAGGUUACUGACAUUAGAAGGCACUUAGUUAAUUUCUUAUGCAAUUGAAAUUUGAGACUUUUGUAUAUCUGUCACUUUUAAGAAAAAACAAUGUUUGUUCAUAUUGUACAGAAUUAUUUAUUUUUUCUGUUAUAUCUGUUGUCAGAAAAUGCCAUGGAAUUUAAGAGUACGAGUGCAAAUAUUUAUUUUUUUGUUUAUAGUUGAAUGAUCAAUUAUUUCAUUUUAUACAGUGAUAUCAUUGAUUUGGAGUUUUGUGCAUUUACAUACAUGUACUUGAAAAGUUUGUAUUCUUUUUAAGUAUAAAAUGAAAACUUUGUACUUUGAAUAUUAAAAAAGUAAUUUUAUCAUAAAUGUGAAAAAUAUUUGAAUUUCUAACUUCAUAAAUCACAUUUUACUUAAAUUUGUUUGUAUAGCAUUAUACAUUAUUUAAUAGUACUAUGGCCUGUGUACAGUUAAAUUAUAACUUUGUACAUUUUUCAAUAUGAACUGCUUAUAUUUUCAUGUGGGGAAGUUAGCCUAAACAGAUUUAUAAAAUAAGCAUGUGAUAAAUUUAAAUUUAGGAGCAAUAGUUUAUUGAACAUACAGAUAUAUCUUUGCUUUUAUGGGAAGUACACUUUUUAACAUAUUGUGUAGUAUUGUAUGAAAUUUCUAUUAUGGACACUGUCAAUUAUUAUUUUGCAAAAUUCUGUCAACCAGCAUUGUAUGUGUCAUUUCAUAGUUCCCUUUAAUUAACUGAUAAAGAAAUAUUUAUAAAAUUGCUUUAAAAUAGAAAAUGGAAGUAAAGUAUGAAAUUAAGUUGAUUGCCAGCUUUAUCCUGUGUUAACUUUUAUAAUAAUUGUAUUUUACGUACAAAAUUAUUUUAGAUAAAAAAAAAAUUACAAAAUUAUAUGUGUGUAAUCAGAGGAAAGCAAUACUGAAAGUGAAAUGAAUAUACAUGAACUGAUUUACUAAACAUAAUAAACUGUAUAUUAUUUCAGAUCAA